AUGCCAUCGUACAAAGCCACCCACAUACCCUAUGGUUUGACAGACCCUUCGAAACGAACGAUCGUCAACCCCGGCAUCAAAGACGAAGUCGAGUUCCUCGAAUACGGCAUCGAAACAGGCGGAUCGCACUUCACCGCCAGAGCCCUCGUCAAACCCGAUGGAGGCGUGCCAAUACACCGCCACUAUGGCUACGGCGAGACCUUCAUGACCCAACAAGGCAUCCUCGGCGCUGUCGGGCACAACGGCACGAAGCCCAUGCUGCUCAAUCCAGAGAAUAAAGAGACGUACAGAGUGCAGCCGGGCGAGUGGCAUCGCUUCUUCAAUCCAUCGAAGACUGAGAGUAUUGUGUUUGAUGGCAAGGUCGAGCCGGCGCAUCAGAGGUUCGAGAUAAAUCUGCACAUCUUUUAUGGCUUGGUGAAUGAUGGCCAUGGGACACCUGAGGGCUUCCCGGACUUGUGGCAUCUCCUGAUGCUGACGUCUAUGGCGGAAAUUGGCUAUCAGGGUUUUGGAGGUUGGGUGAUGGGCAUGGUUGCUGGAGUCGUUGGGUUCAUUGCCAGAGUGACUGGUGAGGAGGAGAGACUGACGGUGAAGUACUACGGCCGGCCGAUCACAGAUGAGGAGAAGCGAAAGUGGAAGGUCGAGUAG